GCCUGCGCGGUCCCGGGUCUCGACUACGGAAUCCGUUACUGCGUCGUUGCUCCACUUUUUCUCGCCUUUUCUACUACUCUUCAACUUCAACAACAGCCACGACCAGAACGGCCCACUAGAGCAUGGAUUUGACUUCGUUCGGGCGACUAUUCGCUGGGAUGGCAAAUGACGGCGUUAAAGGUGUCAGACGAGUGAUCUCUGACAUCCAAAACUCAGGCUGGGAGGAAGCAUGGACGCGGGACCUCCCUCAGUAUGACCCCGCAGAGGUACAGCCUCCGCUACGUGACCUCAUUGUCUCUGGUGUCCUCGAUUUGCCAAGAAAUAGAGGAAAAGCAUUAGUGCCAGGAUGUGGGAGGGGCUACGACGCAAUACAUAUAGCCAGCAGUCUUGGCCUGGAUACGCUAGGAAUCGACAUUGCCUCCACCAUCAUUCUUGCUGCCAAUGACCUUCUCUAUUCAGCACCAGCUAUUCGCGAGCCUGGCAAAGUCAAUUUUCAAACACAAGACUUCUUCACCAUGACUGUAGGGGACAAGGAGCGUUUCGACCUUAUAUACGACUACACGUUCUUCACGUACAUUAACCCCUCGCGAAGAUUAGAGUGGGGCCGCCAAAUCACUGCAUUAACAAAACCUGGAGCGUUCUUGAUCACCCUCAUGUAUCCAUUAGGUCUAUCACCAGACGAGCCAGGUCCCCCAUACUACGUGACACCUGAGCAUUAUAACGAGCCGCUUGAAGGCUGGACGAGGAUUAUGGACCAGGUUCCGAGAGUUUCCUCACAUGGUCAUCUAGGGAGGGAGAGGAUUGUAGUAUGGCGAAAAAACACGGGCUGAUACUCAUUUCACAUUGUUCUAUCGGGCACGGACGAUCUUUCAUAUAUACUACCCGAACAUAAUUUAGCGACGUCGAUAGACAUAUGGAUUGCGACGUGGGCCAUUGUCGGGCUUUGGCCUCUCCAUAUGCAUCUUCGGGGAGAUUUAUCUGGUAUUGGGUUGAUCAUGUACGAUAUACCCUUUUGCUUCAUUCACGGCAUCAUUUGUACAUACAGCUUUGCCGCUGCACAUACUUGGGCUUUGGCUUGUGUUCCUCUUCGUAUUUUAUUUGUGUCCACACAUAUUGUAGCACGGUGCCAAAAUCUACUACAUAUUGCUUCUUGACUUCCUUAACACGACUUUAUCUGGUUGGGCAAUGUAUGGUUCCUCGGGCCAAGGCAAAC